AUGAAUAUGCUCCGCUACCUGGUCUUUAUGAUCUUCUUCGUUUUAGCCUGGGCUGUAUCAUCUGUGCCCGAUAAGCAGAUGAACGACUGGCUCAAUGCUGGAGGUAUACCACUCGCCAUGGCAGCCCAACCCAUGUGGUUCUUCGGCCAAUCUCGGAACCAGCCCCCAUGCUAUCCAACAUGGGCUAUCCAGGGAGGCAAGCAAGCCCCAGGCGGAGACCUCUGUGCCUAUCCCGAGGUAGGUUGUCACUGUCGCAAUCCAGGCAGGAAAAUCGGCAAUCCUGGGCCAGAUUUCCCCAUAUACUAUACGUACACCAAAUGCAAAAACGGCAACGAGAUCAGAGUGGCUUAUAAUAUCUUCUUUGACAAAGACGGUGCCAUAUGGAGUGGACAUCGCUAUGACUGGGAACGUGUCAUCGUUGUCUGGGCCAGGGGUACAGACAACGUCUGGAGUCAGUCGCGGCUAUUUAUGUCCCAACACAGAGGCUACGACAAGAAGAACUGGAAGGAUAUACAGAACACGUUCCAUAGCAAAGACGCCAACAAACCCCGUGGCGGACAGAAUGGGAAGAAAUACCUGGCUCAUCCAAAGGUUUAUGUUGGUUGGUCAAAGCAUGCCAUCUUUCAUGAUCGCAAUACUUUCUGGAACGAUGUGGGUUCUCAAAUACUAGGCCUUGCUUUUAGAUCCCAGGAUUGGUGGUACUAUCCUACAAAGGAGUCAUAUAUUCGAGCUGAUCGCUCGACUCCAAUUGGGGAUAAGAUCGCCCACCUGGAUUGGGGAGAAGCAUCGAGCACUCCCGCCAAUGUUCACGAUGGGCUGUGUUCCAUUUGA